GAGCUAAUGGUUAUGGUUGAAUGUAGGCAUGGCGCAUGCUCACUCGUUCUUUCAUGUCCCCGGAAGAUUCUCAAUCCGUUCUCGCAUACUCCCCGAUGUAUCACGCACGGCUAUUCCGUGAAAACCCUGGCUACCGUGCACAAUCUUUCCACCCCACUCGCGCUGCGGCCGGCCACAAAGGCGACGACGCGCUAUUCCUAGACGGCAACCCUAAAGUAGACCGACCGCUUUUUGUACAGUUUUGCGCGAACGAUCCCGAUGAUUUCCUAGAGGCAGCACGUCAUGUGGCACCGUACUGCGACGCCGUGGAUCUAAACUUGGGUUGCCCCCAAGGCAUUGCUCGAAGGGGCCAUUAUGGAGCCUUCCUGCAGGAGGACUGGGAUUUGAUUUAUAAGCUGAUCAAUAGACUGCAUACUGAACUUUCAGUCCCCAUUACCGCAAAAUUUCGGAUCCAGGAAUCGAAAGAGAAGACGCUAGAAUACGCCAAGAUGAUUCUCUCUGCAGGGGCAAGCAUUAUCACCCUUCAUGGACGAAGAAGGGAACAAAAAGGCCACAACACCGGUCUGGCUGACUGGAGCUAUAUUCGAUACCUGCGAGACAACCUGCCACCGGAGACCGUCAUAUUUGCAAAUGGAAACAAUCUAAACCACGACGACUUGGAACGUUGCCUUGAGGCCACCGGUGCCGACGGCGUGAUGAGUGCCGAAGGCAACCUGACAGAUCCGUCGAUUUUCAGCCAGCCUCCUCCGGUUGGUAGCGAGGGAAGAGAAUACUGGAGAGGCCGGGACGGAAGGGGUGGGUACCGCAUAGAUGCAGUCUUCCGGCGAUAUCUAGACAUUGUGUACCAAUACGUUCUCGAACAGCCAGUUCCCGAGCGAGAACCACUAUAUAUACCUUCCGAUCCGGAGGAGGGACAAUCAGUCACAAAUACUACCACAGAAGGAGACGUUGAGGAUGGGCCACCAAAGAAGAAACAGAAGCGCGAAAAACAAAAGAACUCCGGUCCCCCAAACCCUAAUCUUAGGGUCAUGCAAGGACACCUUUUCCAGCUUCUUCGACCAAUGGUUUCAAGUCAUACCAAUGUUCGAGAUGCUCUUGCCAGGUCAACUCCCCGUGACUUGGCAUCGUACGAGCAUGCUUUGUCUCUUGUCGAGCAGGCCGUCAAGGAGGGGCUCCAAGAGUAUGAGCAGUUUCCGGAGCGCUUCGAGACACCUCCAGACCAAGAUUUGACGGGGUCGAAGGCCACUAUCGCUGAAUAUGGCCGGCCAUUCUGGGUUUGCCAGCCACACGUUCGUCCUUUGCCAGAAGAGGCGAUAGAAAGCGGGGCACUCACUGCUAAAAAGAGUGACGCGAAGAACUCAGAGAACGGCGAGAAGACGGAGAACAAAGACUCUCCGGCUCUUAUGGAGUCCAAUAAAGCCUCCGAGGAUAAGGUCCCAGAGGACUCAGUUGACACACCUACAACCGUCGCCACGGAUGCAUUGGUGAACGGUUGAACAUCUUCAACAAAUCAGCAAUAGAGCACUGUACAUAGACCUUUUUUUUUUUCUUCUCUCUUAUGCAUAGCGUUUCAAUAACAU